CUGAGCUGCUCUCACAUCAGAUCACCGGCGGAUUAAUACGCUCAUAUUUUAUACAGAAUCCACUGGAUGUGUGUUUGACCGGAGACACUUCCAGAGGCUCUUUGUGGUCCUCCAGCUGUGAGUAUGGAGAGGCAGGCGCUGCAGCGGGCCAGAGAGGCCUUCCUGAGCGGCAGGACUCGCCCUCUAGAGUUCAGACUGCAGCAGCUUCACGCCUUGCAGAGGAUGAUUACAGAGAAAGAGACUGAGAUCUCCACGGCUCUCAAACAGGACAUCAACAGGAGCCAGUAUGACACGCCUCUCUUGGAGCUAGCUGGCAUUGAGAAUGAGAUCAAGUUGGCUAUAGAUAAGCUGGCAGACUGGGCAGCUCCGAGGUCGGUUGAGAAGAACCUCCUCACCAUAUCAGAUGAGGUCUACAUCCAGCCGGAGCCUCUGGGAGUGGUGCUCAUCAUCGGGGCCUGGAACUACCCCUGGGCUGUCACCCUCUUGCCCCUGGUUGGAGCUAUUGCUGCUGGCAACGCAGCUGUGGUGAAGCCGUCAGAGCUCAGCGAGUACUCAUCCCUCCUCCUCCGGGCUCUGCUGCCUCGCUAUCUGGACAAGGAUCUAUACCCAGUGGUAACAGGUGGAGUGUCAGAGACUCAGGAGCUGCUGAGGCUCCGGUUUGACCACAUCUUCUACACAGGCAGCGGCACAGUGGGUAAAGUGGUGAUGGAGGCUGCAGCCCGCCACCUUACCCCAGUGACCCUGGAGCUGGGAGGGAAGAGUCCCUGCUACAUCGACAAGAACUGUGACAUCAGAAUCGCCUGCCGUCGUAUAACAUGGGGGAAGUUUGUUAACUGUGGUCAGACGUGCAUUGCUCCAGACUUCAUCCUGUGUGAACCCUGCAUCCAGGGUCGAGUGGUGGAAUGCAUCCGACAAACUCUACUGGAAUUUUAUGGUGCUGAUCCCAAAUGCUCUCCAGACUACGGCCGAAUCAUCAACCAGCGUCAUUUCAACAGAAUCAUGAGUCUGAUGGAGGGUUACACCCCUGUAGUGGGAGGACAGAGUGACGCUUCGCAGCGCUACAUUGCUCCAACAGUGCUGAAGGACACACCCCCUCACUCCAGGCUGAUGCAGGAGGAAAUUUUUGGCCCUCUGCUGCCCAUAGUGACUGUGAGUGACAUGGACGAUGCUAUCCGCUUCAUCAAUGAGAGAGAGAAACCCCUGGCCCUCUACAUCUUCUGCUCUGAUAAGAAGGCAACAAAAAGGAUGAUUGAGGAGACCACAAGUGGAGGAGUGACAGUCAAUGACGUCAUGAUGCACUACACACUCAGCUCGCUCCCGUUUGGCGGUGUUGGUCAGAGUGGUAUGGGCUGCUACCACGGUAAACACACCUUUGACCAACUGAGCAACCAAAGGGCGUGCCUGGUCCGCUCUCUGGGCAUGGAGAGAGUCAACCUGGCCCGGUACCCUCCUCAGGACCGCCGGCGGGCACGCAAGGUGCGGAUGGCCCUUAAGUCACCCCUGAUUGACAUGUCCAAGAGGACAUUAGUCUGGGCCAUUACUGCCACCAUCAUCGGCUUCGGCCUGUUCAUCACCCUGCUGGUCAUCCUGCUCAUAGCUGCAGGCCUCAACUGUACCUGCUGGUACUCAAGAGGCUUUUAUUACUACUUAUAAAUAUGUUUAUAAAUUAUAGGGCUUAUUUCUCCAACAGAAACGAAAAAGCUUUGUGUCAAUCUGUUGACUAUUGCUUGUUGAACAUCCAAAAACCAUUGCAGUAUAUACCAACUGUUAUAUCCCUUCACAUUUUGAGAACACCACACGGAUGUUAUGAAAGUAACUAUGGUUCUGUGAAUUCCCGGAUGACUGCCAGUGGUAGUAAACAAAAUGGAUAUGUCUCCUUGUACUUCACAAAGGUCCUAACCUAAACAGUCAUGUGAGUGACGUGUAAGUUACCUGCUAUGAAUAUUACAUAUAGCCUGCAUUCGGCCUCUCAUAAUCUUCUCUCUGGCAUAACUGAAGUCAUACAGGAAUUCACAGAACCAUUGUUAACUUUGUAACUUUCGUGCUGUCCCAUUCCUUCCUGACUGCCUUAACAAUCUCAUCCCAACUGAUCACAAUGUGCUGCUCUGUCAGUGACUUUCUGCAUCUACUUAUGAUGUUUUAGGUAUCCUUACCAUGAUGUCAACAGAUGCACAAGGUGGGAUAAUGAAGCCUGUUACUGGGAUGCCAAACAAAUGCAGCUGGUGGAAUGACACUCCACAGUCAUUAUGUUUACAUAACAGCACAUUGGCAACCAGUGCAGACCAUCACAAUGGUUAGGAUUAGGCAACAAAGUCAUGGAUGGUUAGGUUUAG